AUGUUCCGCUUCUCUGUUUUUCUCUUCGUGGUCACCCAGGCCGCCGAUAUUUUAUAUGUCCGUGAGCGGUUCCAAGGCUGGGCCAAUGGAGAUCGUAUCUUUGUAACGUUGAAUUUCACUUCUGACACACCGGCCGAAAUAAGUCUGUAUAAGUAUGGUGUUCACGUUCACCCAACUCGGGUGCUCCUCAUGAGGAUUCAUGUGAGCCGGCGACGAAUCAGAGUCUACGGGGCUCAGAGUGAGUACUGCUGAAGUCUUGCGUUGCAAAUGCUUUCGGUUUCAGAUGAGACUUGGUCCGACAAUCAGAAGGAGUCUCCGGUUCCGAUUGCAGAGGUUGAGAUCCGGAUCGAGAACUCAAUUGUAGCCAUUCAACUCAAUCAAAAUGACCUUGGGAUUCCGCCGAUCACAUUCGUAACAGACGGUAAAAAGAAAAAAUUAUUUGUAGAGCAAGGCCUAGAAACAGAUGAGGUAACGGACAAUCUCAAAUGAAUUUCAGUUUAUCUCCAUGGGAGUUUAGAAAUAAACUACGACGACUCUACGACCAGUUUGUUGAAGGUGGACAUGACGGAUGACCAACGAGACUACAAACCCUUUAUUCCAAUCCCCAUUAAUUUUUUUGAAGGUAAGCCUACAAAGGUGAAAAUUAAAACUUGGAAAGGCUGCAACAGCGAUGACAAGGACGCUGACUCUCUGUAAAUUCAUGUGUCCUAUCUAAGCCGCUGGUUAAUUUCUGAAAGUUCCUUUUUUAUAGGGCGGUCUUAAAAAUUGAAACUUUUCUAGAGGACAGAGUGUGUGUUAAUUUUUUUAUAAGAUUUUUGCUUUACUUGUCACUUUUUCAGGUCAAUGUCUUACUGUACGGUUCAGAUUAUAUGGAUUUGUGGCCCUCUUGGACAGAGAAGAUCAUUUCCCGCUCUGGGUGAACAGUGAUAACGAUUAUCCAGCGAUUGUGAGGCGAUUGGUUGCCGAUAACGUUCAAUUCGACGUAUCUUACAACAACACCGGAACCAUUUGUAACAUAAUUUCGAUUAUUUACAAUAGCGAGGAAUCAGUUGUAAGCGCAUGCGGUCAGAAUAACACGAUCCCCCAUCCGGACGGGGGGAAGCCGGAUUAUCGUCGUUUGGCUAUCGGUCUAGAAUACGUCAACGACUUUGUUGGAUACACGAUCGCCAAUGGAAGUUGUCAAAUACCAGAAGAUCCGAAAACGUCGACAAGUCCAUAA